AGAGACAGAGAUAGAGAGAGAGAGGAAAAUUAUUUGUAUGGCCAUGAUAUUGUAUGGUAGUUUUGCUACUAGACAUUCAAACACAAAGUGAAUACCAGAGAACCUCUGUAAGAAGAAGAAGAGGAAAUAGUCUGUGGAUGGAAUCGUGCAGUUUGUAACCAUUAUUUUGUCUAGUUUUUAACUUUGGAUUUAGCUUAUACAGUGUAAUCUUGGGAUUUAGCUGUUUUAAGCAAAAUCUUUGGUUUCUUCUGAAAGCUGAGCUGUUUUUUUUUUUUGGUUCCUUCUCACUUAAGCUCCUCCUUCUUCUUCUCCAACUCUUCUCAGUCCAUAUUUCAGCUGCAAAAAUGAUGUCUGAUGAUGGACUUUCUUCCCUAGCUUUCAUUCAAGAUCCAAAAUCAAACUCGAACUCAAACCCUAGUAGUAAUAAUCCAAACCCUAAUUCAAAUCCAUCUGCCAAAAGAAAAAGAAACCUCCCAGGAAAACCAGAUCCAGAUGCAGAAGUGAUAGCAUUAUCACCUAAAUCACUGAUGGCGACGAAUCGAUUCUUAUGUGAAAUCUGCAACAAGGGUUUCCAGAGGGACCAGAAUUUACAACUCCAUAGAAGAGGUCACAACUUGCCAUGGAAGCUAAAGCAAAGGAACAAAAAUGAAGUGAUCAAGAAGAAAGUUUAUAUUUGCCCCGAAAAGACCUGUAUCCACCACGAUCCAUCCAGAGCUCUCGGGGAUUUAACAGGUAUUAAAAAACACUAUUCGAGAAAACAUGGUGAGAAGAAGUGGAAGUGCGAGAAAUGUUCAAAGAAAUAUGCAAUUCAAUCUGAUUGGAAAGCCCAUACUAAGAUUUGUGGCACGAGAGAAUAUAAAUGUGAUUGUGGAACACUUUUCUCCAGAAAGGACAGCUUUAUAACACAUCGAGCAUUUUGUGAUGCAUUAGCGGAAGAAAGUGCACGAUUUACUUCAGUUCCAAGUGCAACAAAUCUGAAUUUCAGAAAUGAAAUAUUGUUGCAUGGGGGAUUUAGUAAUAAUCUUCAGCACAGUGGAAAUCCCCAAUUUGGUUCUAAUUUAUUUAGGCCUGAGUUUAUGGGACUUGGAUUGGACUUUGCAAUUAGUCAUCAUCAUCAACUCAAUAAUGUUGAUGGACAAAAACCAAGGAUACCACUUUGGUUGGACAAUAAUAUGAAUCCAAAUUCAGGUAAUGAUUUCUUAGUAGCAUCAUCAAGCUCAACUACUAGCAACUUGCCUCAUCAUGAAUUGGUCCAAAUGGCGGCUCAUAACAAUAAUCAACAAUGGUUCAUUAAUGGUGGUGGUGGUAAUGAUGAUUCUGGAAUUGGCUCUUCCUCAUCUCAACUUCCUUCACGAGUACUGCUAAAAGAGGAAGAAGAGAACAAAAGAAAUUUGUCGGAGACAAUAAAUUCAAUGUACUACAAUAACAAUCAUCACCAAGAAACAACAACAACAAAUAUGUCGGCUACUGCACUAUUGCAAAAAGCAGCCCAAAUGGGAUCAACGAGGAGCAAUUCGGCCCUCUUCGGCACUGGAUUUGGGUUAAUGGGUUAUUCUUUCUCUAAAAGCAACGGACAAGGACAAUUUGCUGCUAAUGAUCAGAAUUUGAAUGGCUUAAUGAUGAACUCUCCGUCAACAGUUUCAUCUUUGACUCCAAAUGUUAAUCAAGGAAAUAGGCUGUUGUUCGGGGAUAUGAGCUCGAGUUCUUUAGAUGGUAUUAAUGCAAAUGGAAAGAGUUCAGAUCCUUUUUUGAACAAAGGGAAGCAAGUAAAUCUGAGUAGAAAUGGAGCUAUUGAAGGAAGCUUAACAAGAGAUUUUCUUGGUGUAGGAAGAAAUGAAAGCAGUCCUUUUUUAUCAAAAGAUGAGCUGGCCAAGUUCCAGAAUAUUUCCAGUUCAGCCAUGGGAUUAAGCCAGUACAAUGGAAGUCACUGAUCUAAGGUUGCUUCAUUGGGUUCAACUGAACCUAUUGUUUUCCACUCGAAAUAUGUAUACAUAUGCAAAAAGUUAAUGUAUGCGGAUAAUAAAAGCUCAGUACUCAUACUGAAUGGAAUUACUCUAAAGGUCCAAACUUGUGGGAGCUAUUAAUUCAAGGAUUUUCACUACAGUGGAAUGAUACAAUGUUCAGAGUGUAAAAAAGUUGGAACAGGGUCAAAAACUUCAAUCUUCAUGAGAGAGAGAAAGAGGAGGAGGAAGCAAGAGCAGCAAUUUCGAGGGAUCUUGUGAAUUGUCAGAGAAAGGGGUCCACUGAAUGUUGGAAGAGAUUUGAUAAAAGGGACUUGACAAUCACAAGUCAAGCUUUUUUCCUCUUGUAGAAAUAUUUCUGCUUUUUUUACAAUUUUCCUUUCGAGUGUUCAAUUGAUUACUGCAAACCUGUGACUCUCCAGGUUCACUGCCAUAUUCUGAAUCUUAUAUUUUUGAAUAAUUUUGGUUGGUAUAA